AUGAGAGAUAUGGUUGCCUACUUGAAUAGGGAUUGUCUUUAUAUGCCCUCAAAGCAAAGCAGCGAGAAAUAUACUGCAAAUAUGGACAUCUCCCGAGUCAUUAAGCCCUGGAAGCUCAAUCCUCAAAGACACUUGGUCUUUGUGAACGCGACCAUUGUUGACCCAGCCGAGGGGAAGUUGAUCCUGAAUGCUACAUUGCGAAUCUCGGAAGGCAAGAUUAUUCAGAUCGUUACAGACGGCUCAUCUACCGCCACAGAUGACCUUCCCGGAGAAAAUGUGAUCGACCUAAGCGGAAAAUACUUGUGUCCGGGCCUGAUCGAUUGCCAUGUGCAUGUCGCAGUAGUUCCUGGCGAAGCGGAUCUACGAGCCUACAAAGACAUGAGCGAGUCAGUCAGUCUUCUGCGGCAGCCAUAUGUGCUCAAAUCCAUGCUUGAUCGCGGCUUCACUUCAAUCCGGGAUUGUGGCGGCGCAAGUCUUGCGAUCAAGGAAGCCGUCGAGGACGGUGUAACCCCAGGCCCUCGUCUCUUUAUCGCUGGACACGCACUCUCCCAAACCGGCGGUCACGGCGACUUGCGCGGGCCCCAUGACACCCAGCUCUGCUGCGUCGGCUCCAUCUCCGGAAUCAGCAGGAUUGUGGACGGCCCAGCGGAGUGCUACAGGUAUGCGCGCGAAGAGUUGCGACGGGGAGCGGACUUUAUCAAGAUCAUGGGCGGCGGAGGUGUUGCCAGUCCCACGGACCGUAUUGAACAUGUGCAGUUCUCGGAUGAGGAGAUUAGGGCCAUUGUAACUGUUGCGCGGAACGCGGGCACAUAUGUUACGAGCCAUAGCUACACACCACUGGCGAUUCAGCAGGCUAUCAAGCUCGGGGUGCGCGGUAUCGAGCAUGGGAAUCUUAUUGACCUCGAGACGGCGAAUAUGAUGGCUGAGAUGGAUGUCUUCUUGACUCCAACGCUGAUUACACAUGUCAUGUCUAAGGAGAUGAAUUUCCUGCCUGCUGAUGGCGCUGCUAAGAAUGAGGAGGUUCUUGAGAAGGGGUUGGGGGCAAUGAAGAUGGCUGUCGAUGCGGGCGUGACCGUCUGCUUUGGGACCGACCUUCUUGGUCCGAUGCAUUUUGCUCAGAGCAAGGAGUUCUCGGUCCGCAGUUCGGUUUUAAAUCCAUUGCAGAUUUUGCGCAGUGCUACCGUCAAUGCUGCUCGUCUUCUUAUGCAGGAACAUAGGUUGGGUCAGAUUCAUGAGGGAUUUGUGGCGGAUCUUUUGAUCUUGAAGGAAAAUCCGUUGGAGGAUAUCACUAUUCUGGAUCGAGCGGACGAGCACAUCCUAGCUGUGAUCAAGGAUGGGAGGGUUGCCACUUCACGGUGGGACAAAGUCAAGGUAGAUGUUUGA